AAAGCAUAUUUUAGAUUUAGGUCAAGGAGAAUAAAGCAAAAGAAGAAGGCGGGUGUUGAUCCAAUCAGUACUGCUUUUGAUCAGAUGAAGAGGGUGAAGAAUCCACCUAUAAGUUUGAAGGACUUUGCAAGCAUUGAAUCUAUGAAGGAAGAGAUUAAUGAGGUCGUGGCAUUUCUGCAAAACCCUCGCGCUUUUCAAGAAAUGGGAGCUCGUGCCCCUCGGGGAGUUCUUAUUGUGGGGGAGAGAGGAACUGGAAAAACAACCCUAGCUCUGGCAAUUGCAGCAGAAGCUAAGGUGCCACUUGUUGAAGUUAAAGCCCAGCAGUUAGAGGCUGGUUUGUGGGUUGGCCAAAGUGCAUCUAAUGUUAGAGAGCUGUUUCAAACAGCACGUGAUCUGGCUCCUGUAAUCAUAUUUGUGGAGGAUUUUGACCUCUUUGCUGGAGUCAGAGGGAAGUUUAUCCACACUAAAAAGCAGGAUCAUGAAGCCUUCAUCAAUCAACUUUUGGUGGAACUUGACGGGUAAGUGAGUUCUCAUGAUU